AUGUGUGCGUCGUGCGCUUCCAAGUCCCAAGCGGGCGAGCCCGAGCUGGCCGCCGCUCUGACUCAAAUCAUGGCCUCUCUGAAUUCAAUUCGGGCCGACUAUAAGUCCCUCUCUGAAAAAGUAAGCAGUCUUUCUGCAAACAAAUCCACGUCUCGUAGGGUAGAUCUCGCGGUCCAAACAUGGGGAAGUUCUUUUAGUUUGGAUCUGCUUGCACUGGCGCGCCACAACAUCGCACUGACAACCUUUCCGAACCAGCCCGGCAUCUCGCCCAUCCCGCUCCGCUGGGGAGCUUCUGAUCCCCAGGUUCGCGGUCCUAUCGUCGUUUCUCACAACGAGCCCGCUUUAGGCAAGCGCAAUGCCAUCGGAGCGCACUCUGGCUCUUACGGCAUCUACCAUGCCCUGGCGGUUGCAAUGAAGGAAAUUGACGUCAACCACAAGCCCGACUUUACCAACGCAGAACCCCCGGUGCAGAUUGGACCUUAUCCUCAAUGGGGCGACUCGGAGAAGAUCGUCGCCAUGGAUCCGUUUGGCCACCUCGCGCCGUGGAUCUACAAAGACUACUCCGACCAAGGAAUCGAGGUGCGCCCUUCGAUCGCCGUCACAAAGGCGCACAUGCGUCUGCCCGACAUCGAGGCCGAGGUCAAGAGCGGCGCGCUCAAGGUCGACGGCAAGAUCGUCGUGAACGAGCACGGCGAUUUGGCAGUCACAAAGGUUGCCGUCGAGCCCGUGUGGUACCUCCCCGGGGUCGCGAAGCGGUUCGGCGUCGACGAGAGCACGCUGCGUCGCGCGCUCUUUGAAGACACCGGCGGCUCUUACCCCGAACUUAUCACGCGUCCGGAUAUCAAGGUCUUUCUUCCUCCGAUCGGGGGUAUGACUGCCUACAUCUUUGGCGACCCGGCCAAGACGGCGGAUCCCAACGCGCGUCUUGCGCUGCGCGUGCACGACGAGUGCAACGGCAGCGACGUCUUUGGCUCGGAUAUCUGCACGUGCCGGCCGUAUUUGAUCUUUGGCAUUUCCGAGGCCGUGAAGGAGGCGCAGGCGGGAGGCUCUGGCGUGGUGAUUUAUUUUCGCAAGGAAGGCCGCGCGCUGGGCGAGGUGACAAAGUACCUGGUGUACAACGCGCGCAAGCGCAUGGGCGACUCUGCGGCCGAGUACUUUAAGCGGACGGAGAACAUUGCGGGGGUGAAGGACAUGCGGUUCCAGGUGCUGAUGCCGGACAUUCUGCACUUUUUGGGCAUCACGAAGAUUGACCGGAUGCUGUCGAUGUCGAACAUGAAGCACGAUGCGAUUGUUGGACAGGGGAUCCCGAUUAUUGAGCGGGUGCCGAUUCCGGAGGAGAUGAUUCCUGAGGACUCGCGGGUUGAGAUUGAUGCGAAGAUCCAUUCGGGAUACUUUACGUCGGGCAAGGUGCCUACGUUGGAGGACUUGAAGCAUGUGCAUGGUCGCAAGUGGGAGGACGUGAGCCAUUAG